AUGGCAGGUCUCAAGACCAUAAUCGUGCUAUCCUUCAUCCUUGCGAUCGGCUUCCUCCUAGUGAUCCUCUCCUCAGCCCUCUUCAAGAACUACCUCACACUUCUCGUCGUCGCAACCUACGUGAUCGCACCCGUGCCGAACUGGAUAUGCGGCAAGGCACAGCAGCAAGAUGAUUUCAUGGACAACUCAGGCAAUAGCAUUGUGGAGCUAGGGAGGUUUCUGACAGGUUUCUUGGUGGUUAUGGGAAUUGCACUGCCUGUAGUACUGGCACAUUGCGAUCAGAUUCAGAUCCCAGCGAUGGUCAUGAGCAUCGUCGGUGGAUUGCUGAUCUAUGGCACCAUCAUCAGCUUUACCAUGUUCUUCCGCGAGCAAGAAGAGUUUUAG